CCUACUGUUUACUGGGUUCAGGGCACUGACUGUGCAUGACAGGUCUCAGCACAGAGCCAAGUGCCGUGGGCUCUACCUACAGUCCAGGUGUGGACACUGAGGCCCACGGGGAGCAGGGAGCAGAGGGCCUCCCAAGGACGCAAGCCCGUGGGGCCCUGGGGCCUUGAGCCCGAGCCCCCGCCCGAGCCCCACCCCAGUGGCCUUGGUGAAUCACCCGGCAGGAAUGGACCAGGAAGAAGCAGCGUCCCCACCUGUACUCCACCCGACUCCACCAGGAUCCGGACACCCUCCCGGCAGGUGGUUCUGCCCGGAGCUGAUGUCCUGUGUGGUGUAUAGAUCCUGCUGGGUGAACGUUCACUUGCUUACUCAGCAAACACUCCUGCGUCACCCCCUCCCACGCCUGCCCUCCCUGAGGAUAUCCGGGGCCUGGGCACACUCCUGCCCAGCCCUCAGGGUCAGCAUGGGGCUCGGGGCUGGAGGGGAGGCCCUGGGGGGCAGCCAGGUCUGUGGCAGAAACGAGCCCGACUCCCACGUCCUGGGCACCCGGGAGGAGCUAUGUGUGCAGAGACCACGCCUUACGCAGCAGUCCUGAUGAAAUCCAUGCUGUGUGCCAGACUCUGGGCUGCAGGGGAAAGGCUUGUCUGGUCCACUAGCGGGAGGGACCUGGGCUGAUGGCCUCUAGCGAGAGAAGACAAAACUCGAAGAAGCUUACCCCCUUUCAGAGGUGUACCCACCCUUCGAGCCCGGAGCACCUCCGCCCCUGGGAGCCUCGGGGAGCUGAGACCCCCAGGACAUGGACCGAGUGACCAGAUACCCCAUCUUCAGCAUUGCUCGCUCAACUCGCCUGGCUGGCUUGGACCCCAGUGGGGACACCAGCUGCACGUUUGAGGUGGUGGAUGCGGGGCCAGAGGCCAGCGGCUGGGGCCAGGACAAGCCACAGGCGUGGCCCGCCCACCAAGAGGCCCGGCUGAAUGAGGCCAGGACGGGGGCGUCCUCUAGCAGCCCACGCGCCUUCGCUGGCCGGCCAUCCCCGUGGAUGCUCUGGCAGGAGGGCGACAAGGAUGAGGAGGCGAAGGCCUGCCACCUGGACGCCAGGGACGCCCAGCCUUGGCGGCCAGGGGACCUGGAGCAGGAACGCUGGGUGGUCAUCCAGGGCCAGGCCCUCAGGAAGAGCAGCACGGUGGCCACGCUCCAUGGCACCCCUGGCCUCCCGGACCCCGGAAGCCCCCAGCCUCAGCCUGGGCCCCUGGAGGAGAGCGCCGUGGACAGGGAGCAGAUUGACUUCCUGGCGGCGAGGCAGCAGUUUCUGAGCCUAGAGCAGGCCAGCGCCGGGGGCCCUCUGCACCCUGCAGCUCGCGUGGCCCCUGCUCGUGCUCCACCUGGCGGCGGUCAGGCCUCCAGGGCCUCAAGUGGGCCGCUCCAGGGCAGCUUGUGCGCUGUCCCGCCGCACCCCCGGGAGAGGGAGGUGCUCCCGCCAGAGAAGAGGGUCGGGGGCCUUCCGGCUGCAUCUGGCGUCCAGGCUGCGCAUGACGCACCCUCCGUGGCCCAGGAGCUCGCCAAGGAGACCCCCAUCGAGCGGGAGAUCCGGCUAGCCCAGGAGCGGGAAGCGGACCUGAGAGAGCAGAGGGGGCUGCGGCGGGCGAGCAGCCAGCAGGAGCUGGUGGAGAUCCCCACGCGGCCGCUGCUGCUGACCACCGUGAGCCUGACCGCGGCCCCACGGCGGGAGCGAGGGCGCCCGUCCCUCUACGUGCAGCGGGACUUGGCGCAGGGGACGCGGCGGGAGGAGGACCACCGGCGGCGGGAGGGGCCGGCGGCCACGCAGUCUGGGCUCCGGAGAGCCUUCAGCUCGGAUUCCAUCCUGGACCUGGCCUCGGCCGGCCCCGCGGCUGACCCCGGCCCCCAGGUGAGGAAGGUGAACCGCAUCCCGGCGGACGCCUACCAGCCGUUCCUGCGCGCCGGCAGCCGGGGCGUCCCCGCCGUCCAGGCGCGCGCCCAGCCCCGUGAUCUCUCUGCGGACGAGGCCGGGGCUGCGGGCUCCGUCGGGGCCACGGGGUCUCCGAGGCGGCCCUUGGAGGCCCCUGAAACCACCCCCGGCACGCCUCGCGAGUGCCCACGGCCCCCCCAGGGGCGCGGGCGAGCGUACGGGGGUGUCGUCCGCUGGGAGUAUUUCCACCUGAGCCCGCUGCGGUUCCGGGUCCCUGAUGUGCCCCCGCGGGCCAAGGGUCGAGGCUGGGAGGCGGGGGGCACCCCAGCGCCGGGGCGGCCAAGGCCCCCGUCGUCGGAGCUGCUGGAGCGGGAGGUGGAGAGCGUCCUGCAGCGCGAGCGGGAGGUGGCGGAGGAGCGGCGCACUGCCCUGUUCCCAGAGGUGUUCUCCCCGCCCCCCGUCCACGACGACGACCAGGACUCCGGGAGCUCCUCCGCGGCCUCGGGCAUCUCGGGCAGCUACGCAGUGUCGGGGCCCCACGUCUUCAGCCCCGUGCACCUGCACUCGGGCCUGGUGUGGACAGCGGAGGACCCCACCGACAGGGGUCCAGAGCAGAGGAGAAGGAAGGAGCAGCAGUAUGCCGGCAUCAGCGCCUCAGACCGCAUCAACUCGGAGGUCCUAGAAGCCACGCGGGUGACCCACCACAAGAGUGCCAUGGCGAGGUGCUGGGAAGCGGGCAUCUAUGCCAACAAGAGCCAGGACUGAGCAGGGGACGGGACACCCUUGCCCGCACCCUGCCCCAUGGGUGCUGCUGGGACUGUCCCCGGAGCCCCUGCCCCUCAGGAUAUAGGUCCCUGUUGAAACCCACCACUGGUCAAGCACGGGUCCCAAGCUGCCAGUCCCAAGGGUGGUUGUGUUUUCAGAUGGAGGGUUUUCUUUCCUGUUUUUAUCGUCCUGGAGCAGUUGCUCUGCUUUCUGUAUCUAAAGCUGGGGCUGAAAGAG